UGCAUCAAGUCGCAGCCUAUCCAGGCCUAGUUCAAAAACGAGAUUGACAAUUUUAAUUUUAGUUUACCAACGCGCCUCGGUAAAGCUGAAAGAUUUUCCAGUCGAUGAAAACCGAUUUGACCGAAUAUAAAUAAUAAUUAGCGAGCGGAAAUCUGUGACCGUUUCGCGUAACAUGUCGAAACGGGUUUAGUGCUACGUGGAAUUCGGUUUUGUUCGCCUUUGUACGAAGAGUGACUAGCGAGCUCAGUGUUUAUCAGCUACUUCAUGACAAGCGAGAGAUUGACUCAUUUUCCUGCUCGAUUACUUGUCUCUCUUCGUUCUUAUUUAACAAGCUUGCGGCUUAAACUUGAUCUUGUCAUAGUGGAAAAUGAACUUUGGAUGAAUUUAUAAAUUCGUUCUUUUCUGUCCAGCGCUCUUAGCUGCAGAACCCAUGCAACCUCAAAGCAUGAAAACCCCCUAGAAGCACUAUUUUGCCUGCUACAAUGUGCCGGUUUGCAUUCUUGAACAUUUAGAGGCCAUGCGCUUCGAAGUGCCUCCAAAGGUCUAAAACUGUAAGCAACAAUGGCUUAUAUAACAAAAUCAAUGACCAUCAUCAUCACGUUGUAUGCGAUAACUUCGGGCAGCCCCGCGGGGUACGAUUUGCAAAUGGAGAGAACGCGUGAAGUCGUUUUGAGGAAGCAAGGAAAGGUUCAGGGACGAAUAGUGCAAUUGAGGAACUACUCACUUCCACGCGUGGAGAUUUAUCGGGGCAUUCCUUACGCUGCUCCUCCAGUAGGAGAAUUUCGGUUUAUGCCCCCAAACAGCAACGCGCCGUCCUGGAAAGGAGUGAAAUUUCUGGACAACUUCGGGCCAGUGUGUCCACAGAAGUUUCCCGACAUGUCGACGCUUUCUAGUGAACGGCGCCAAUACAUCAACAGGCUGAAACUCUUUUUGAAACACGAAAGCGAAGACUGUCUUUACCUGAACAUCUAUGCCCCGCAUCAAGAAUCCCAGACAAAUUCCAGGACAUAUCCGGUGAUAGUUUUCCUGCACGGAGAGUCAUUUGAAUGGAAUUCGGGAAAUCCGUACGAUGGCAGCGUCCUGGCAGCUUAUGGCCAAGUCAUUGUUGUCACUUUGAACUUCAGACUCGGAAUUUUAGGUUUCCUCAAAGUUGAAGCUGCUGAAACAACGAGCCAGAGUAACUUUGGCUUGGUGGAUCAGGUGGCUGCACUGAUCUGGAUCAAGGACAAUAUCGAUGCUUUUGGAGGAGAUACUAGUAAAAUUACUCUGAUGGGUCAUGGAACAGGGGCAGUGUUUGCCAGCUUGCUCACCAUUAGUCCUAUGGCCAUGUAUGGAGAAAACAAACGAUUGUUUCAUCGAGCCAUUCUCAUGAGCGGAACCGCACUUUCCGACUGGGCCUUAGUAAGCAAACCGCUCGACAUGUCCAUUCAAGUGGGCCAAAUCCUCAACUGCCAAUUACCAGUCGACUUUGCAGGUUGUUUGCGACGAAAACGGUUGGACGAAUUGAUGGCAGCCAAUCCCGAUACAGAGCCGUACAAAACGGUUUUUGGCCCAGUCGUGGACAACUUGAUCGUGCCGAAUGAUCCCAGAAAGUCGAUGAUGCAGUAUACGGAUAUUUUCAAACGAUUCGAGCUGAUGUACGGCGUUACGCAGAUGGAGAGCAUUCAUUUGCCCCUAGGAGGCGACGUGGCACUAAUUCAUGGCAUGUUGGAACACGAAAGAGACGACGAGUUGCGAAAGUACAUGCGAAUGCGCUGCGAAAUGAAGCCGGAGGCUUGUUUUGCACAAACCAGUGCAACUUAUAACUACCACGAACGGAUGUUUCAGAGGGAUCAGGGACCGUCCUGGAUGAGCCUGCAGCCAGACAGAGCGACUCUGGCCAGAGACGAAUUGCUCGACAUUCUCUCCGAUGCCAGAACGGUCGCUCCCGUUAUCCAAACGGGACUCUAUCAUUCCGCCUUGCAUAUUCAGUCCUAUUUCUACGUGUUUUCCCAUAAAACGCAUGCUAAGGAAUAUAUAAGAAACAAAACCUACAACGGCGAGGAGUUGCCGUACGUGUUUGGUGUCCCGAUCGAAGGUCCCAAGUUUCAUUUCGAGGACGUUCCCUACACCGAAGACGAGAAACGGUUGUCGAUGACUAUGAUGCAAUAUUUUUGCAAGUUUGCCAACACUGGAAACCCGACGGUUCCCAAAACUAACUACUUUGAAAUGGACUACAACAACUGGCAUCGGUUCGAUAGAGAGUGGUUGCAGUUCGAUCCCGAACAGCAGAACUUCAUCAACUUAGAUGUUCCGAUCAGCAACGGGCGCUUCUACCGAAGGGAGCAGAUGGAGUACUGGAACGACGCGUUUCCCAACAUCUUGAACCUUUCCAGAAAAACCCCGAUGUCCAGGAGUAAGUUUUACCCGGACCAGCGCCAGAAGUAUGAAAACUUCAACGUUUCAGUUCCUCCCGGGCCUGGCCGAACGGUCAAACCUUCUCAACCGGAUGGAACUGAAUCAGACAUACCAGUCCGCACUGGGCAAAUGACGCAAAGUACAUCCUCAGUUAGCGUCUUAAUGAUAGUCGGCGCUCUUUUCCUCUUGGCCAAUCUGGCCUUUUUCACGUUCCUUUACUUCAAGUGCAUCCGAAGCAAAAAGGGCUCGCCUGCAACCACAGCGCAAAUCCCACCGGUAGAAGAAAGCGCUGUGGACGGACCCUUUGAGGAGGCCAAACUAUCGCUGCUGACCAACUGCAACUUUCUCAAAUUGCUGCGGAGAGGCGAACGGAAGGAGGACGACACUUACGACGCCGUCCAUGUGGACACUAAAGGCGGGCCCAACCACGUGAAACUCACCAGGAAUUUGUCCAACAGCACGAUCGAUGCGCAUGCAAAAGUCCGCGAGUGGAUCACCAACGAAAUUGUCCUCAAGUACAGUCCCAAAGGCAACAGGAAGCCCGAAAAAAAGGCCAAACCGCAGAAGAAGGCGAUGGAAAUAGACUCUAGUUUGGACCAUCCCACUAGGCCUGUAAGCCCGGAGGAAGAAAAGGCGCCCAAACACCGGCCGCUUCUGAUCAAAACUGCUAGCAUUGAUAGGUCGAACCGCCGCAAGCGAAUUGACAAGGUUUCGGUUGCAAUCGACGCAACACCUUCAGGGCGCGGUCCAAGCGUGCUGAUGCAGCAGCCCAUUGAGCUGACUAAGUCGCUUGACCACCCCAAGUUCUCCCCUAGUCCUCUGCGGAGGUCCGUGACGCUGGAGGACUUUUCGCAAGCUCGGCCAAACAAUCCCUUGCAGGAUCUACGCAAAAGCAUCACAAGCAUUGACUUGAAAAGCAUCGAAACGGAGCCCAGAGUGAUUAGAAUUGAGCAUGGGCACUCCAAGUCGGAUCCCGUCCAGGAUCUGGACUAUUCUGCUAUCAAGCGCCUGAAAACUUUUGACCCCAACAUGGAUGUGAAUGUGACCUCGCGCGAGACUAACAUGGAAGUGCCUCCUCCGAUGACCCCCGAAGAAGCCCUGCAGACCAUCAAGAGGAGGAACUUUCCAAAGGUUCUCCCAGAUCAUCCGGGGCGGCAGGCGUUUUUGAACAAGCGCCGAUCCAUGCCGGCCCAUAACCUGUUCGUUCCCAUGCUGGACCCCCAACAGUAUUCUAACUCGGAACCGUAUUCUCCAACUGGGCGGAACUUUAUGAGGUUCCCACCAGUGCCUCCUCCUAGAACCACCACCCUGGGAAGACAAGGCAGCAAUCCCCAGCCAGUUUGCCUGUCCGAACCGAUGCUGGCCGAAGAACCUCCAGCUUCUCCCGAACCAGAAGUGGCCUGCAACAACUUAUAUGUUGGGCCGUUAAUUCCCAGGAGCAAAAACGAGAGCAGUCGGGACCGGCUCGACUCGAUCCCAGAAAAGUCCUCUAGGAACGAAACUAGAGCCAUACCUCGAGCUAUUAUAACAACGAACCAGAGAAACCCUAUUAGGAGGAACGACGCUAAAGUAGUGGUCAAGCCCACCAUCAAUCGGAGCAAACCUGAUGAGAAACCGGGCGGUAAGCAUAUUCCGAGAGUGGUGGCAUCGGAUAAUCGCCCAGAGAUCUCCAAAAGCCAGGAGCUACUGCAGGAGGCAGCGGAGAAAAGAGCUGUAAAAAAGUCGCAAAUUCCCAUGCUGUUAAAGUCCAACACGAGCCUCAAUAAGGACGCGUCGAGCUCCGAGUCCAACUCGCCCUCAUCUGGGGACUCAGACACCGGAACGGUAGUGAAGCGAGUUUAACAUGUUUGGGUUCAUUAGCAUGUACUUAGUUUAUAACUUCUUCAUUACUUUAGGCGUAAAAGUGGUACCUUGAGACUGAGGCAGUUCGAGAUAUUAGCAACACAGUGUACUUACAGUAUUCAUACGUUAAUAAAUAUAGAUCAAUUUUUA